GUUCUUGUUACUUUCUCUCUUCAACGUUGACUUACUAGUAGUCGGAACCACAAAAUGGCGACCUCGGAUUCUGGAGACGUUCAAAUUCACAACCUGAGCAAACCCUCAGCGCAGGGAGCUCAGCUAAACAAGAUCUCAUGCCAGAUUACGCAAAACAAGAUCCGGGGAGGAGCACAGGCGAUGCUCUAUGCCGUCGGACUGGAGGAGACGGACAUGGAUAAACCCCAGAUCGGUAUUUCGCCGGUCUGGUGGGAAGGCAAUCCAUGCAAUUUCCACCUCCUUGACCUUGCAAAGCAUGUCAAGAAAGGCUGUCAAGAAGAAGACCAGAUUGGGUUGAUCUUUAAUACCAUCGGUGUCAGUGAUGCCAUUACGAUGGGUACAGACGGAAUGCGGUACAGUCUACCCAGUCGAGACCUCAUCGCGGACUCCAUCGAAGCAGUCGUCAUGGCCCAGCACUACGACGGAAACAUCGCUAUUCCUGGAUGCGACAAGAACAUGCCCGGCUGCUUCAUGGCUGCUGUCCGACACAACCGACCGACCAUUAUCGUCUAUGGAGGGACUAUCCAACCUGGUACCCGGCACGUUGAUUGUCCUUCUAUGGGUAAAGAGAAGGGAGGGACUGUGAAUAUUUCGGAUGCGUUUGAAUCGUAUGGUGCCUUUACUGUGGGCAAGAUCACCGAUGAGCAGAGGUUCGACGUUGUGCGACAUGCCUGUCCUGGCCCCGGAGCCUGCGGCGGAAUGUACACUGCGAACACGAUGAGUUCUGCCCUCGAGGUCCUCGGCUUGUCGCUCCCGUAUUCUUCAAGUAUCCCAGCGAUGCAUCCAGAGAAGGUCCAAGAAUGCUUCAGGGCUGCCAAGUACAUGAAGAAGCUGCUUGAGUUGGAUUUGAAGCCCAGGGAUAUCUUGACGAAGCAGUCCUUCCUGAAUGCCAUUGUCAUCAUCACCGUUCUGGGAGGCUCCACGAACGCGGUUCUCCACUUGUUGGCAAUGGCCCGAGCUGCUGAGAUUGAUCUCACCAUCGACGACUUCCAAGCUGUAGCAGACAGGACACCAUUCCUGGCCGACCUCAUGCCGUCAGGUCGCUAUUACAUGGAAGACAUCCACCGCAUUGGCGGCAUCCCCGCCAUCGUCAAGUAUUUGUUGAACCACUCCGAUCUCAUCGACGGAAACCAGAUGACUGUCACUGGAAAGACGCUGGCUGAGAACCUAGCGGAUGUUCCUGAGCUUGAGUUCCAUAACCAGGACGUCUUCCGUCCACUGGACAAUCCUAUCAAGCCGACAGGUCAUAUCACGAUCUUGAGAGGUAACCUGGCGCCAGAAACAGCUGUUGCGAAGCUCACUGGCAAAGAGGGACUGAGAUUCGAGGGUGUCGCGCGUUGCUUCGAUAGCCUCGAGAAGUUCUACCCCGCUCUUGCUGCAGGGGAAAUCAAACCCGGAACUGUCCUAAUCUUCAGAUAUCAAGGUCCCAAAGGUGCACCCGGUAUGCCGGAGAUGUUGGGUCCAACUGGAGCUAUCGCAGGCGCUGGCUUGGCCAACUCGACUGCGUUGAUCACGGACGGCCGUUUCUCUGGCGCCAGCCGAGGGUUUAUUAUUGGGCACGUCGUCCCAGAGGCACGAGUUGGCGGACCCAUUGCCCUUGUCAAGGACGGAGACAAGAUCGUCAUCGACGCCGAGACUCGAACAAUCAACUGGCUCGUGGAUGAGGAAGAACAAGCAAAGAGGAGGAAAGAAUGGGAGGCGUCGGAUAACGGCAAGUUGAAUGUGAAGAGAGGAGUUUUGUACCGAUAUGCCAGAGAUGUCGCGGGAAGAUAA